UCGUGGAUGUAAACAUGACAUGUGUGGAUCGGCGCAUAAAAUAGGCCGAAAAUCUCUAUUUUGAACCCGAUUUUAACACGAAUUUUGAAACGAACAACAGGAAAACAUGACCGAGUCUAAGUCCACAUUGUUCACCAGCGACGAGUACGAUCAGGUGGCUAAGUACAUGAUGGGUGAUCUGUCCAGGUACCGGGAGAACAUCAUCGUGCCUCGUAACAUGGGCCCGGUCACUAUUAAAACUUUCGAGCAAAAAAUGAUUGAGGGGUUCUCCGAGAGCUGUCCCUUCAAGGCUGGCUUGAGCUGCGUUAUGGGUUACGGUUUGGGUGGUGCGCUCGGUCUCUUCUCAGCGAGCGUGAACCCCACCAUCACAGGACAAGAUGCGAAGCAGCAGACAGCACGAGAGGUCUUCAGGGACCUGAGGAAGUCUACUCACAGCUACGCCAAAAGUUUCGCCAUGAUCGGACUCGUGUUUACAGCGGUGGAAUGCACGAUAGAAACGUAUCGAGGCAAAAGUGACUGGAAAAACGGAACCUACGCGGGCCUCAUAACAGGAGGGUUGAUAGGUUAUAGAGCUGGAUUGAAGGCUGGAAUUUUUAGUGCGGUGGGAUUUGCCACUUUUACAACAGCGAUGGAUUACUACAUGAGAGGACACUGAAAGCGCGAUUAAUGAGAAUCUUACUAUAUAGAAUGCAGACUGAUUGUUAUAUUGUGCUUUCAUCAUAAAAUACCAUAGUGGAAUUACGAAUUCAAUUAUUUCAAAUGGAGGCUCGUAAAACCGAUUUGAUUUGUAAUGACUAUUGCUUAAAUGUAUUUUUGCUUCACACUGCAGCGUAAAAUUUGUAUAGCACUCAUGAGGAAUGCUAGGCCAUGGUUACAAAUUUUUUUAAUAUUUUUUAGCAGGAAACAAAUAAAUUAAGCUACGUUAUAGAUUGAAAAUUUAUAUUGUUUCUUGUUUCAAGUAGAAUGUUAUUUUGAAUAUAAUUAAAACCAACAUGAAAACAACCUUGA